GGCGGCGGGGCCGGAAGCGGCGCCCGGCGGGACCCGGACCCGGCACCGGGAGGUGACGCUGUGGCCGAUGUCCCCGGAGCCGACCCCGGAGGAUGAACAAGCCCACGGACCUGCAGCACGACCUGGAACGAAGCCUCCCAGCCAUUGCUUCCAUCAGCUCCUCCUUCUCCCAGAGCCAGGGCUUCUCCCCGUAUUUCUUCUCCCCCGAGAAGAGAAAAGCCAUCUCAGAUGUGAGGAGGACCUUCUGCCUCUUCGUCACCUUCGACCUGCUCUUCAUCUCCCUGUUGUGGAUCAUCGAGCUGAAUACCAAGGUGGGCAUCAAGGAGAACCUGAAGGAUGAAAUCAUCAACUACAAAUUCAAGACGUCGUUCUUUGAUAUCUUUCUCUUGGCUCUGUUUCGUUUCGUUGUGCUGCUCUUGGGCUACGCCAUCGUCCGCCUGCGCCACUGGUGGGUCAUUGCGGUCACUACACUGGUAUCCAGUGCCUUCCUGAUUGUGAAGGUCAUCCUCUCCGAGCUUCUGACCAAAGGGGCUUUUGGGUAUUUACUUCCCAUUGUCUCAUUUGUCAUUGCUUGGCUGGAGACCUGGUUCCUGGAUUUUAAAGUCCUAACUCAGGAAGCAGAAGAGGAACGAUGGUUCCUGGCAGCCCAGGCUGCAGCCUCGAGGCCACUGCUGUACCCCCGAGCCCUCUCCGAGGGACAGUUCUAUUCCCCACCCGAGUCCUUUGCAGGCUCAGACAACGAAUCUGAUGAGGAAGGUGUGGGGAGGAAGGCCUUGACAUCUCAGGAAAAGGAGUAUGUCCGACAAGGCAAAGAGGCCAUGGAGGUUGUGGACCAAAUCCUCGCCCAGGAGGAGAACUGGAAGUUUGAGAAAAACAAUGACUUUGGUGAUGUUGUUUACACUUUUGAAAUCCCGUUCCACGGCAAGACCUUUAUUUUAAAGGCUUUCCUGCAGUGCUCUCCUGAAAUGGUUUACCAGGAGGUGAUUCUGCAGCCCGAGAAGAUGAUCCUGUGGAACAGAACAGUGGCAGCUUGCCAGAUCUUGCAGCGGGUUGAGGACAACACAAUCGUGUCGUACGACGUGGCGGCCGGAGCUGCCGGCGGGGUGGUGUCCCCAAGGGAUUUCGUGAACGUGCGUCGGAUCGAGAGGAGGAGAGACAGGUACGUUUCCUCAGGGAUGUCGACCACGCACAGCCUGAAGCCUCCGCUCUCCAAGUAUGUCAGGGGUGAGAAUGGACCUGGAGGAUUCAUCGUCCUGAAAUGUCCCAGCAAUGCCAAGGUCUGCACCUUCAUCUGGAUUCUCAACACGGAUCUGAAGGGUCGCCUGCCCCGGUACCUGAUCCACCAGAGCCUGGCUGCCACCAUGUUCGAGUUCGCCUUCCACCUGCGCCAGCGCGUGGCCGAGCUCUGCUCCAAGCCCUGAGGACAUUCCAGUGCCCUCUCUGCUCUGUGGGGACAGGGACAGGACCCUGCACCCCACCAGGGAGGGGUCCCCCCAUUACCAGGGGGGCUCAGCCCUUCCUCCCACCACGGCUGCCCCCAAUCGGGGCCCUGGACCCGACUGUUCCGUGCCAAAUCCCUGCCCUGCCCCCCUAGAGGGCUGGAAUGGCCUCUCCUCCCCACAGACAGGUUGGGGGCUCAGCUGGCACCCCCAGAUUCCUGUCACUGCACCCCAGUUCCGUGAGGGAGAGGGGACAGAGGUGGUGGCCACGUCGGUGAGGACUCAGCCCUGUGCUGGGCUCUGCCCCUCCACCAGUGAGUGAAGGCACAGUUUGUGUCCCCCCACACCCACCAUAACCCCGGGGCUGUGCCCCCCACAUUGGGGACAGCACUGGGGACCCCCCCAAACCUCCCCUUGGCGCUGGCCAAGCCCCCUCCUUCCCAAACCUGCAGCUCCUGGCGGAGCCAGCGCGGGAUUUGCCUUAAGCAGAGACUUUGAUCCUU